CAUUUCUCUCUCCUCACAUACGUACAUAUAUAUAUAUAUAUAUACACACAGACCCACAAUUACAUAUAAAUAUAUAUAUAUAUAUAUAUACUCUGUUUCACUUCCAAACCCAAAGAAAUCAAAAGAAAAAUUAGCCACCAUGUCUUCCCCAAGCAAACGCAGAGAGAUGGAUUUGAUGAAACUGAUGAUGAGUGACUAUAAGGUGGAGACGAUCAAUGAUGGUAUGCAAGAGUUUUAUGUGGAUUUUCAUGGACCCAAAGACAGUCCUUAUCAAGGAGGUGUGUGGAGGGUCAAGGUGGAGCUUCCUCAUGCUUAUCCUUAUAAAUCUCCUUCUAUUGGUUUUGUCAACAAGAUUUACCACCCUAAUAUUGAUGAGAUGUCAGGCGCAGUUUGUUUAGAUGUAAUUAACCAGACAUGGAGUCCCAUGUUCGAUCUGGUGAAUGUUUUUGAAGUGUUUCUACCUCAGCUUCUUCUGUAUCCCAACCCAUCAGAUCCACUUAAUGGAGAGGCUGCUGCUCUGAUGAUGCGGGACCGAACUGCUUAUGAUCAAAGAGUGAAAGAGUAUUGCGAGAAAUACGCAAAACCAGAAGAUGCAGGGGCUGCACCGGAGGAGAAAUCUAGCGAUGAGGAGCUGACAGAGGAUGAAUAUGCAUCCAGUGACGAUGCGGUCGCUGGCGAAGCUGAUCCUUAGGGGCAUGACAUUACCCUUCAAUUGUCUGUAUCUGUACAUGAUAAUCCAUCUCUUGAUAAUAAUAAACCUAGCCCUGUAUGAGUCUCAAUUGCUUGAAAAAUCUACUUCAAAUUUGUAUUUGAUUUAUUUCAUCCCUAGUUACAAAAAAAUUGUUGGGACUAAAUCAGUUUGAUUCAAAUUAAAAAAACUUUCAUGUGAUUUUGUGUGGAA